CAGCCGCCCCAACAAGCGAUGUCGCUGUGGCCAAAGUCGCUUCGUAGACCGCCGCCGUCGACGCUCCCGGUGUUCCUAGGCGGUGCGGCAGCAGGUGUCGCCACCUUUGUCUUUGUGCAGCCCCUCGUUCUGCCUGCUCUUCUCGGCGGCGCUGCGUGGUGGGCAGUCUCGCUCCGGAGACAGGAGCGGAAAGGCUUCUACCGGAACAACGCCGCGAUCGCAUAGUCGUGUGUCGAGCAUAUAGCAUGUGCAUGUGCACAGCGCUGCGGUCAUGGUGUGUGAGCAUGCGUGAGUGAGGUUCGGGUUGAUGGAGUUCCCCGUGUGCGUGGCGUGCGACACACAUGGCGACACACGCGGGGACGCGUGCGGCUGUGCAAUUUGGCAUGGUCUUUGACACUUGUGUGUACUGUCGAUGUGUACUGCACCAUCAUCGAUCAUGCCACCAACCUCCAACCACCAACGCAGUCCGUGUCGCGUUUCAGAUGUUCUUUAAGUGUUGUUACGUUUGGUACCCAAACACUGUCACGCUUGA